UAAAGUUUAGUCUUGCUUUGGGUGUCUGAGGAAAAACACAUCUAGUUUUCACUGAAUCCCAUGACAGUCCUCUUGGGAGAGAGUGCUUAUCUUUCUUGAAAAAAAAAACAAAACUAGAUUUUGCUUUUAAUUACUUUAUAUUUGUUGUGGAUGCUGUCCCCAAAGGCUUUAUUACUGUGGAAAACUUGUCACCAACAAGAAUCACAAGCAAGAAUUGGGCUGACAAAAUUGCUGAGUAUUAGAACAUUUGAAAUACCCUGCUCAUCUUGGAAGUUCUUACUGGAGACCUUUUAGAAGAAGAAUGGAGAGAAGACCCAAGAUUUUUCCAAAAGAACUGGUCCAUUUCCCUCGGAAAGGCCACCAGAACAAGACUCCAUCAGUAUUGUUACCGUGUCCCCCACAUCGGGUUUCCCCUCUAUGGGAACAUCGCUGUAAGUCCAGGGCUGAGCAGAUACCCCACCUCAGCUACCAAGCCAAAGUCACUGAAAUGCCAUCAGCCCCCACGUUCAGGAAUGCUGAGAGAGUAUCCUCAACACCACUGCUCAGGCAGCUGGCCAUGUCCUCCCAUCUGUCCCACACUGAUCACAAGACGAUGGCUGUCCUUUUACCCUGUCUCCACCACCGAAGUCUGGCUAAACAACCCCCUCGGUAUAAACACCGGGCUCUGGCUUCAGUUAUGCCUUUUCCAAGGUCUAACGUUAGGGUCAAGAAAAGUUCUCUGAAAUUAAUGGCUGACGAACCAAGUAUAAUGCCUUCACCUGGUCACAGAAACGAGCCUGGCUGUCUACUAGACUCUGACCACCAUAUUUUGACUCACUCAAGCCCUAACCACUUUCCUAAAAUUUUCCCAGGCUACAAAAACCGGACUGAGAUCAUCCCACACCCUGACCAAAAGGGUACAUCUCCAUCAACUUCUGCUCACAAGGCUGACAUUCCCUUAGGCGAGGGUGACAAGACCAGAACAGGACCUGCCAGCAGAGCCCACUUAGACUCCCAGACAGGAAGCAAAUCCGGGCCAACAACCCCUGCCCAACCAACUAAACCUUCCUUAAGGCACAGACGAAGCCAGGUUAGAACUGCCACUCUGUUGUUAGGAUUUAACAAGAAGGGAGACAGACCUACAGCUUCAACCUCUUCUCACUGUCUUAAAGACUGGUCCAAGGCCAAAAGUUUGAAACCACCAGAUUUGGCCAAAGUGUUGAAAAAAUCACAUUCUGACCUUUGCCCCAGGAAUAUGGUAUCUCUGGCAGAAUACACUAAAUCCGAGGCCAGAACGCUGACUCUCUCCUCGUCACAUCCCCAGCAGAAGAACAAAGGGACUAGUGCCCCGAGUCCUAGCCAUCACGCUACAUUUCUGAGGGAGGUGGAGUCCUGGGAAGAAUCAGCAAUGCCGCUGACAGAUGACCAGACCACAUCGGUACCAGACAAAGAUCAUGACACGGCGCCUCUGCUGAAUCAGGUCAACUCAGAAUUCUGGGACACACCGAAUGCAGUCUCUAAGGCUAAAGAUUUACCAGAUCCAAAUAUUCCUUUUAUACUUCGAGCAGAACAAGACCUACGGGAAAAAAUGACAGAGAAAAUGGAAUACCAGGCAAUAACCCCAGCAAGCCGACAUCACGAGAAAAUGCACCUGCUCUCAGCCCCGCAAGAUGGCUCAUCUGACCGGUGGGUCAAGCUUGUCCCAAGCCCUUCUCACCAGACGGAAGCCACACAACGCCUCUUUGUCAAUGUCUCUGUCCAAACAGAUCAAACCUCUCUGCUCCAUGCCUCAGUUCAGACCGAAGAAGGGAUGUGGCAAACCAUGCUAUUGGGAAUAAAUCAUCAGGCCACAACUUGCGUAGGCUCAGCUCAUGGGGCAACAUCUCCGUUGGACUUAAAUCCCAAGAUGACAGUCUCUGGUCUCAAUCACCAUCCCACAGCCCCACAGAGCCCAGUCUACCAGCUGACUGGAAAUAUGGUAGACAUCAAUCCUCCUCUCACACUUCAAGCAGAGCGAGAUGCACUGGAGGAAAUGGAGCAAGAAAUAGACGUAGAGCAGGUCACAUUUUUCAUCAAGGAGGAUCACAGGCCAAUGGAUUUAGACCCUCAGGACAAAACUCUACUUGGCUUAGACUACCAAGCUACAAUACAGACGAGUCAGGAUCCUGGGACAAUACCUCCAAUGGUCUCAGGCCCACAGAAAAAACUACCUAAAUCUGGCCAACACACUACAUCUCUAACAAAUGCUUACAACUUAACUAAAGAGACACACGGUCAUCUGGCCUGUGUUUCAGUUCAAAAAGCACACAAACCCUGGGAUAAAAUGCCAAAAACAUAUCAGCAGGCUACAGUUCUAAUAGAGCGGGACUGUGGUACAGCAUUUUCACAAGGCUUAGAUUCCAAAGAUACACCUCAACCUGGUCUUGACCAUCAGCCUAUGUAUCCACCCAGCCCUGACAAUCGGGCUGAGGAUUUAUCAGCAUUAGAUAUCCAACUUAUGUUUCAGGAAGAACAAGAAAUGGCACUGAGAACACACUAUCAAACCACUUUGGUGACAGACCAAGGGCCUGGGGCAACUUUUCCUUUCAACUUAGACCCCCAGAAUAAAUCUUUACCUGUCUCUGACCACUGGGUCACAACUCCAUCAGUUGCGCUACCCUUAGACCCACAGAACAAAACCUCUGAAGCUGCUCAGUGCCCCAUGGUUCUAACAAGCCCUCAUCACUUAAACCACGCUAUUCAAGGCCACCUUCUUAAAAUCUCAGUUCCAACCCGAGACCAAACAAUGUCAAGAAGGACAGACCAGCAGGCCACGACUUUAAGAAGCCAAGUUCAUAAGGUAACAGUGCCUCUGCUGGUCUUAGACACCCAGGGUACCCUUUCACCUAGCCUUGACCACCAGGCCACAUUUCCACUUGGCUCUGCCCACCAGGUUUGGAAUAUACCAGAUCCCAAAGUCCAAUUCACAGUCCAAGAGCAAUCGGCCUCCUUGGGAGAAGUGGUGCAGAAAGCACACCACCAAACCCCAAUGCUAGUAGACCAGAGUUGGGGGAUAAUAACACCAAGGAACUUAGACUCGCAAGACAAAAAUUUAUCUGCCUCUGCUCCCCAUACCACAACUCUGAGAGGCCAGGAUCAUGAAACCACAUCUUCACUCACCUCAGGACCACAGAACAAAACCCUGUCUGAGCUUGACCAGCAGGUGGAGGAUGCACAAAGUCCUGUCACCAAAGACUUCAUUCAAACAGGACAAGAGCCUUGGGAAACACUGCCACAGAGAAAAGACCACCAGGCCAUGACAGUUCCAAUGCAUUUAGACACCCAGGAUAAAUCCAUCCGUGGCCCUGACAGGCAGAGUUCCGCUCUGACAGGUCAAAAUUAUGAUAAAACACCUCCAAUGGAUAAAACCCAAUUUAAGCCUGAAAAUGGUAUCAAACCUCUAGUAUAUCCUUAUCAACUAGUUGGAGAUCCCCAAGGCCAGACUCUCCAGGCCUCAUUGAAAACAGAACAAGAUCCUCAGGACCCAAUACCUGCAGGAACAAAUAACCAGAACACAAUAUUAAAAAGCCAAGUUCGUGGGACUGUACCUCUACUUGCUACUCUGUUGGAGAUUGACCAGCAACUGUCCCCACCACCACCACCUCACCACCAGCUCAACGACACACCAAACCAUGACCCUGAAAUCUUAAUUCAAACAGAACAAGAGCUCCUCAAAACAAUACCACCAAGAACAGACCACCAAGAUUAUAGGACAUCUCCAGUGGAUUCAAGUCCUGUGGGUUUUGACCAUUGGGCAUCAUCUCGAUACAGCCCUAACCAACAGGAUAAAAUGGUCAUAGACCAAACUGCCCAUGGCAAGCUUCAGGCAGAUCUUAACCACUGGGAAAUAUCACAGGAAAAAGAUCUCAAUCAUAUAAAUCUAGUAGUUGAGGAUUUCUCAGACUCACCUCCUUUCUUGGAUCUAGAUAACCAAGAAAGAACUCGACCUGACCUUGACAACUGGAACAUACAUGCACCCAGUGCUUCCUGUCAAGUUAAGGAUACGCAAUAUCCUAAAGCACUGGUUUCACCUCAGUCAGAACAAGACCAAAGGGAAUCGAUACCACAAGGAAUAGAACCCAAGACGAUAACUCCUACAAGCCAGGAAAUACCUCUACGGGCCUUGGGCCUACAGGAUCAAACUCUACUACUCCCUGACCAUAAAGCCAUUCCUCAAACCAGGCCUGAACAUUCAGCCAAAGACACCUCAAACUCUGUUAUUCACGUCUGUCCUCAGAUGGUACAAGAGCCCUUGGAAAAAGCACCAACAGCCCAAGAUCCUGACACAACACCUGCAACAGACUUUCAGGAAGAUAAAGGGCAGUCAGCUCUCUAUCAUCUCAUCUGUUUAACCAGUCCUGACCAUCAGUCUGAGGGUAAGUCAGCAUCUAGCGUCCAUGCCUCAACUCAAACAGAGCAAGACCUUUGGAAAAUGAUGCCAGCAAAAAAAGAUCCCCAGGUCAAAGCACAGAGAGACCUGGAUCAUGAGGCGACACCUCUUGCAAGUUUAGACCAGGAUACUGACCCCAGGCUCCAGGCCAUACCUUCAAUUAAUCCCUGUGAGCAGACAGGGGAUAUACAAAGGCCUAUGGUCCAUAUUUCACUUCAAACUGACCCAGAACUCUGGGAAACAAUUCCACCUGGUAUGGACAGCCAGACCACAACUCCCAAGGCUCCAAUACUUCCAGUAAGUUUAGAUUCCCAGAAGACAUCUCUACUUGACUCCAAUUACCAAGACACAAAUAUGCUCAGUCCUGACCAGCAGGUAGGGGAUAUACAAAGGCCCGUUGUUCACAUCUUCCUGGAAAAAGAGCCAAAGAAUUGGGAAACACUGCCACCAAGAAUAAACCACUAUCAGGACACAACUGUCAAAGGCCAAGGUAAUGGGCCAAUACCUUUCCUAAGCUUAGACUCCCAGGGCAAAACUCUAUCUGCCCUCAAGCUCCAGGACACAAGGAAAUUCAUCCCCGACCAGAUAAUGGUGCCUGUGCAAAACUCCAAUGCCCAUAUCUCAUUUACAACUGAUCCAAAGUACAAGGAAACAAUGCUACUAAGAGGAGACUAUCAGGUGGCAAAUCACGUGAGUCAGGUUAAUGGGCCAGCAUUUCCACUGGGCUCAGUUUCCUGGUAUCCAAAUCAAUCUAGCUCUAAUCACCAGGCCAUUGCUCCUCCAAUCAACCCUAACCAAAAGACAGAGGUUGCUUCCGAUCUCCACACCCAUGUCACAGCUAACUCAAACGACCAUCACUUGCCAAAAUUAUCAAUUAAUUUAAAUCACAAAGUCAUGCCCAAAUUCAUUACCAACCUCAAGCCCAAGCAAGGUAAGCAGAAUCCAUGGUGUUUCAAAUAUAUCGAACCAUACACUGUUGAUGGAACAGCUAUUCCUACUGAAGUUAUGCAAACCAUCAUUAGUUCUAUCCCUCUAGAAAGAAUAAAAAAUGAUAUCUCAAAACAGAUUCUCCUAAAAAGGAUGAAAGUAUCUUCAUCUGUUCAAAGUGGUCAACAGAUCUCCUCUAGUUAUCCGGUUUGUUUGAUCUGUGCCUCCUGGAUUCCAGAUGACUGUCCCCACGUUCAGAACAUGAAAUAUCCUUGUGAGGCGCAACUGCUGGCCAUACCAACCCCUCUGUCUAAUACUAAGGAGGAUAUGGGUGUGAGAUUUGUCUUUCAAACACCCCAGACCAAACGCUUUACAUUUGUUCUCCCAGAAAUGCAUUACAUUUCACAAGCAUCCUCACACCAUUCAGCAUACUCUUCAUCUUCACAUUCAGAUGAAUCUGUGAGGGUCCCUUUACCCUUGAAACAUCAAACCACGGUGCCAUCCCCUGUCCCUGAAGGGCUAAAGACUCUCAGCUUUAUAAUGGACAAGUAUAACCAGCCAGUGGGGAAAGCCACGUUUAGAAGCCAACAGUCACCCCCAGGCAUAAAACCCAUGAAGUGCAGCAGCAGAGAAGAUGAUCCAAAGAAACAUCCGAUAUUUUUCAAGUCUCUGCUAGAGAGAUUUCAGUUGAGGCAAAAAGUAAAUUAAAUGGCUAACUUUUCCUCUUUGAAAGGAAUUGACUCUCUGUGUA